UCUUCACAUUCAAAACACGUGCAUUACGGUGGUACUGCAGCUCGUGGCAGUAACUUCGUUUAAUUUUUCUCUAAGUGAACGAGUUUAAUUCUAUUUUAUCAGCAAUGGAUUCCGACCAGGAGGAUGAAGUUCCAAACGUGAAUUUUGUUCCUAGCUUGCUUUUCAUCCGGCGGGGUGUAGCAAAGGCGAAUCCGGAUAAGGUUACCCUAACACCAGCCGAGUUAGCGAAAAUAAUCAACGACACUCGGGAUGAUUUGGAAGAAGACGGAGCUGAAGGCAUGGAUGAUUCAGACGACGAAGAGAACGAUGAUGCUCCUGCUAGACUGGCCAGCCAGGCAGCAAGUUCAUCACGCAAUGCAACUGGUGCUGCAUCAGGUGACGAGUUUGGUUUUGAGCGGUACGAGCAAGAAUCUGGAGAACCCGUGGUCCGACUUGGCUCGGUAGCUGUUGUGGACCCAGCCGAAAACAUAGUUGAUGAGGACGAUUCGGAGGCGGAAGAUGAAAUCAUUAAACCUACAGAUAAUUUGAUUUUGGUCGGUCAUGUUCAAAACGAAAGCGCUACCAUGGAGGUUUACAUUUUUAACGAUGAGGAAGGAAGUUUGUACGUACAUCACGAUUUCCUGCUGCCGAGUCCACCGCUGUGUAUCGAAUGGCUUAGUUACGACCCAGGUAGCGAUAAACCGGGCAAUAUUUGCGCCAUUGGAUGCAUGGAUCCGGUUAUAACACUGUGGGAUUUGGACAUCCAGGAUUCUCUUGAGCCAGUCUGUAAGCUCGGCUCGAAAGGAAGUCGCAAAAAGAAUAAACCCAAACUCGGACACACAGAUGCGGUAUUAGAUCUAUCUUGGAAUCGACAUUUAGAGCACAUCCUUGCAAGCGGAUCGGUCGAUCAAUCAGUCAUCCUAUGGGACAUUGAGAACGGAAGUCCGCACACCACCAUACGUCAGUUUGACGAAAAAGUUCAAACUCUUCAAUUCCAUCCAACAAAAGCGGAAGCUCUGCUAGUUGGUAGCUGCGACGGACAGGUGAAGGUGUUCGACUGUCGUUCGACCACCAGUGAAAGUAGUAGUCACAAUUCGUGGAUCUUGGGUGGAGAAGUCGAACGCGUCUGCUGGAGUCAUCACAAUGAGCAUCAUUUUGUUGCUAGUACCAAUGAAGGACGAGUACAUUAUAUCGAUGUACGCGCUAAACAUCCGCUGUGGUCGAAAGAGCUGCAUGAGAAGGAAGUGACCGGUUUGGUGCUUAGUUCCUCGGUAAAGGGCAUGAUGUCAACGGCAUCAGCAGAUGGUACGCUGAAGGUGUGGGACAUUGACGAUCAAGAUGCCCGAUUGGUGUAUAAAAAGAAUCCCAAAACCGGAGUGAUACAAUGUUUGGAUGCGUGUCCCGAAAACCCGUUUAUGUUGGCACUCGGUGGCGAUCUUAGAACAAAGAACUUCUGUGUGAUCAACUUGUUAGACAAUGAUGUCGUUUCGAACGUUUUCAAAUCACGUUUUGACUCUAAUCAAGCUGCAGAAGGUACCGCAGGAGACGUAAAAAUAGCAACGGAAGCAAUGGAAGAUGCAUCGAUCAACGAUAGUGCUGAUGAUGAUGAUGAUGAUUAAAUCUGAUUUGAUCAGAAUAAAAUGCUUUUAUAA